AUGUUUUCUCAAACUCAAUAUGAAACAGGCAUCUUUACACCUAGCGAUGACCUAGCAAAGGAGGUCCUUGCAGCUUCAGUAGUUGCUGGGGAAAAACUUUGGAGGAUGCCUUUGGAGGAAAGUUAUUGGGAAUCCAUGAAAUCAGGAGUAGCUGAUAUGGUGAAUACUGGUGGUCGUCCAGGUGGUGCUAUCACCGCAGCUCUUUUCUUGAAACAGGUAGAACGUUUGAGUAUUUUUUUUUUGUUUGCUUUUAAUUAUACGAAGUGUUGGAAAUCACCAACCAGUUUUAGGAUUGAAAUGCCUGACAUUGGUGUAAGGUUACACCAGUUCACUUGGUAA